AUGAGGCUGAGGUCCAGGAGUAGAGACAGACGGGAGAGGCAAAGAGAGGAGGAGGUGAAAUUUGAGGAGAUUGAAAUGAUUCCAAAGUCAGGAAAAUCUCCAGCAGACUCACGGAAAGGUGUCGGCAUCCACGAGUUUGCGGCGCUCGCCAGAUCCUCCUUAAAUGGUAUCUCCCAGGCAGUGAGGGACCAUGUGACCAAGCCCACCUCGCUGGCUCAGGGCCGGGUCGCCCACCUCAUCGAAUGGAAAGGCUGGCCCAAACCUGCGGGACCCUCACCGGCCGCCCACUCCCAGUUCAGCUCCUACUGUCACCUGACUGAAGGGGAGAAGGAGGCUCGCUUUGCUGCAGGAGUGGCCGAGCAGUUUGCCAUCGCUGAGGCCAAGCUGCGAGCCUGGGCGUCCAUGGAUGAUGAUGAAGACGAGGAAGACUCCAACGAUGAAGAGCCCCACGCCAACGGACAGACUCACGCCAUGGCCACGCAGAGCUCAGACGCCGCCCCGUCCACUCUUAUCACCGGAGCGCCACGCCAGCCUGAGGGCGACGGCGGCGAGGCCUCCGACAGCCCCCUGGGCUCCUGCAGCAGCGGCGUUGGCAGACUGCUCCGUGGUAGGCUGGACGACCCACAUUCAUCCCAGACCAACUCACCUACUUUACCCAGCGACUGCUUGAGUCCGUUCCUGGAGGAGGAGGAGGAGGAGGAGGAGGAGGAAGAAGAGGAGGAGGAGGUGAGGCUGGAUGGUCUGGAGGAGCAGCAAGCUCCUUUGCAGGAGCAGCACAGCGAGGUCUGCAUCCACAACAAGCCCGAGUGGAGGCCUCGGGCCCGGAGCAGCAGGUUUGACUCCUGCUACUCCACCUCGCACUCCGAGUCUCCUGGAGAGGAGGACGAGGAGGACGAGGAGGAGGAAGGCAGCGUGUUCCACGAGGUCCGGGUCUGGCACUGCAGGAGCUUCUUCUCUGACCGGGCGUCCUCCGGAGUGGCGUCAUUCGAUGAAGAGGAGGAGAGAGACGAGGAAGAAGCGGAGGAGAAGAAGGAGGAGAAAGAGUAUUUGAUGUGA